GGUGACGGCGAUCCGCGCCGUGUCCCCGAUCCGCCGAGCUACAGGAGGAAGUCUUGUAAGGGCUGCCUCUAUUAUUCCUCGCGCCUAAAGUCCGACGGCCGCAAUCCCGUCUGCGUUGGCAUCGGCCGGACUCUUCCUCAAGUAGAGGCGCCGCCGCAUUAGGGUUUCGUUGCAGGUCGCUGAUGCGGCUGCCGGCGGCGCAAGUCGGGUGCCCUCGGUCCAAUUUGUCGCUGCUGCAGCGCUUCUCUUCGCAACUCGUCAAGAGCAACGGGAGUAGCGCUUGCCUUAUCGACACGCUCGCUCUGGUCAGGAGGUUGGAGAAGGAAGGGGUCCCGUCGAAGCAAGCGGAGGCCAUCACAUCGACCAUCACGGAGGUUUUGAAUGAGAGCUUGGAGAGUGUCGCCCAGUCCUUUGUGUCCAAGCCCGAGAUGCAGAGGAGUGAGAUGAUUCAAGAUUCUAAUCUCUGGAAAUUCAAAUUGGAAAUGAAGGGCUCGCAGAUAUUGGCGGACAGAGGAACUUCAACUGCUGGUCAAAUUCCUGCAAAUGUUAACAAGGAAGUAGAUACUACACUACAUUCUCAGCCACACGCACACCAACCAGCUCAGCAUUCAGUGGAUGAAUUCUUCAGCAAGAAGUUUAGAAAGAAUGCUAGGGUGGUGGCCUCAGGUGUAGCUAGGAACCUGAACAAAGUGGGCAACUACAUAAAGGAAAACAUUGAUGACAUUUUAGCACUCUGGGACUGUGCCAGCCGCUUCGAUUCCUGAAAGUGAAAUGUGAAAUCGAUCAAACAGCAAAACUAGGGGAAACUCCCACAAAAGAAAGGACACCAAGGCAGUCAACAUGGAUGGUUAAGGUGAGCUUCUAAUUCGCAUCAACACGUUCAGAUGAUUAAGAUGAAAUGAGUGGUACCACUUCAACAGCAAUUCAGGCACAAUUUAGUAAGAUUUACACGAGUAGUUUGCAGCAAAACAUAUAAAAGAAGUCUUGCAAUUAACCUCUUGCGUUGUUCAUUUAUAUUGACAAUCCCUUCAUUUGUGGUGCAUUGAACAACCUAAUGCUAUUUCCUAAAUCCAAAAUUCAUCCUUGCCGGUUUAUAUUGUUGACCGCAGCCUAGAAUAAAAUAUCAUGUUUCAUAUCAAGGUACAAUACUCACCAUUUUACCUUCUCUUCUUACUCAUGAGGAAUCGGAGAACACAAUGACGGAGGCUGUGAUGAACAACGACUGAGAUGUAAGUAAAUAUGGUAGUGCUGGUGAUAAUGAGGUAGCAAUUGUCAUAACUACUAGAGUGGAGUUUAGAGGAGGUAAAUAUGGUGCCAACAAUAGCAAUAAAAUAGUGGAUGGUGGAUGUUGAAGAAGUACGAGGUAAAGGUGAAGGUGGUGCAGAUACUCCUAAGCUAUAAUAUGUUUCCAGUACCUAUAUCAGUUUUACAAGUGACAAGAU